AUGCAGUUUGUUUUUUGGUUGAUUGUAAUCAUUCUAAUCGUCUGCCAUUUAAGCCAGAGUCAAGCCAACAUUCUCAAUACUUUGCUGGGUGUGCCGGCGGAGUGCGUCCACCAGAGUGGCGUCUGGCCCUGUAAGCUGAGCUUUUCCUGCUGGCUGCAAGGUGGCAAGCAUGCCAAAGGCUGUGGCAGCAACAAGUGGCUCUUCAGCUGCUGUGUCGCCGAGCCGCAUCAUCAGCACCUGCUGCACCACCAGAGUCAGCUGCAAUCAUCUUCCCCGCUGGCCAAUCUUGUGGAUUAUGGCAAGCUCAAGUUAAAUCUUAACUUGAAUGGUCUGCCCAAGCGCAUCAUGCUGCGCAGGCGCGAUGACAAUGAACUGCUGAAUCUCAAGCCCGAGUGUGGAGUCCCGCGAACGGCUCAGAAUACCCUACAGAAACGCAUUAUUGGCGGCCGUCCUGCUCAGUUUGCCGAGUAUCCGUGGCAGGCCCACAUCCGGAUUGCGGAGUAUCAGUGCGGUGGAGUGCUCAUAUCGGCCAAUAUGGUGGCCACCGCUGCUCACUGCAUCCAGCAAGCCCAGCUAGCGGAUAUCACCGUCUAUCUGGGUGAACUGGACACCCAGGAUCUGGGCCACAUUCACGAGCCGCUGCCUGUGGAGAAGCACAGUGUUCUGCAGAAGAUUAUCCAUCCGCGUUUUAACUUCCGCAUGACUCAGCCGGAUCGUUAUGAUCUGGCCCUGCUGAAGUUGGCCCAGCCAACGGCCUUCACGGAGCACAUCCUGCCCAUCUGUCUGCCCCAGUAUCCCAUCCGGUUGAUUGGACGCAAGGGUCUGAUUGCUGGCUGGGGCAAGACGGAGGCCCAUAUGGGCCAUGCGGGCACUAAUAUGCUGCAGGUGGCCAGUGUUCCCAUCAUAACCACCUUGGACUGCAUCCGCUGGCACGAGAGCAAGCAGAUUAAUGUGGAGAUCAAGGCGGAGAUGUUCUGUGCCGGUCACUCUGAUGGUCAUAUGGAUGCCUGUCUGGGUGAUUCCGGUGGUCCACUGGUGGUCAAGGAGCGCGGACGCUUUGUGCUGGUGGGCAUAACCAGUGCGGGCUUUGGCUGUGGAGUGGAUCAUCAGCCAGGCAUCUAUCACAAUGUUCAGAAGACUGUGAGGUGGAUCCAGGACGUGGUGGCGCGCAACGAAUCGUAG